AUGGCGGCUGAUGGGGUGAUCAAUUCGUCGGUGAUUGUCGCCCUCUAUGGCGGAACCCCUCAGAUGAUCCCUAAGCUGGAAGCUAUGGUCAAGGUUGUCCAAAAUACACCUAUCUGCCUCAAGUUUGCCCUGACGGGUGCAAGGCUUCUGGAAGAUUUGAUCAAGAACGGACCUAACGCCAAUGCCGUAGAAAACUUGAAAUCGUUGGUGGAUGCUGACAUGGCUCAAGAGGUCAGUAAGGCUGAGGAUCUGAAGCCCCACCCUCACAUUGUGGCUGCCAAGAAGCUGGGUUAUGCAUGCUCUCUGCCAGGGAGCUUCCUCGGCAUGCUGCACUGCCUGCUGAGCGCGACACCGGGAAACUUCACCGAAUCAGUUCGUCCGACCCUCCUGGCCGGUGGAGACAACUGCGCCCGUGCCGCGAUGCUCGGGGCCUGUCUCGGGGCACAGGUGGGGAUCGAGGGCCUCCCCGGGGACCUUUUAGCCCAGGUGGAGCGGGGUGAGGAGGUCAGAGCUUUGGCGCAGCAGUUGGUGGACAUGCGCCAAGCUUAGUCAGAUUGGCGGUACGAGUGAUUAUUCUGGGGGAAGGGUGAAGUAGGGCCGGCAGGUUUACCUUUGAUAUCAUUAAAGGGCAUCUCCACCCUAAUAAAGUUGAUGUGAAUAAAAAGAGAAAAAUCCAACAAGCAUUAACACUGAAACUUUCAUCAAAAUCGGAUGUAAAGUAAGAAAGUUAUGAUAUUUUAAAAUUUUGCUUAAUUUCACAAAAGAGUUAUGUGCACAUCUGGUCGGUAUGCAAAUGAGGGGACUGAUGAUAUCAACAAUUCACUAUUUCUUUUGUGUUUUUAUUGUAUGACAUAUGAAAUAUUUUUAUUUUCUCCUCAUUUUCAUGUGAAAUAAAAUGUUCUUCCUCCCCGAAAAUGUGGAUUUAAAAUUAUCAUUUUGUGGUUCAGUCAAGUUGGUCAAUAUUGUCAUAUCUGUAAAAACUGAAAUAUUUUUUUACUUCAAACAAUUAAAAACAAAAGAAAUAGUGAGUGAGGGAAAUCAUCGACUCUCUCAGUUGCAUGUCACUGAGUUGUGCAUAUAACUAUUUUGUGAAAAAUAAGCGAGCCUUUAGAAUGUCAUAACUUUCUUAUUUUACAUCCGAUUUUGAUGAAAUUUUUUUAUUUUGAUUUUUCUAUUGAUUCAAAUCAACAUUUUUCUGGAGUGGGCUUGACCUUUAAAAAUGAUUGUAUCAAAUAAAUGCAUCUUUUACAGGGAUGGUAUCAAGGCCAGCCUUGAGGCCAUGUUUUGUCCAGUGGCCUCAUGAUUCCAACUUACUGGCCUUGCCCCCAUGCCUGCUCUUUCAUUAUUGAAAACAUAAUAAUAAACAUUCCACAUUGACACAAAUGCACAGUAGGUAUAUCAUUUUGGUAGUUUUCAGCCUCAUCAGUAUUUGAUGAGGAAGUAGGGCUAAUUUUGCAUCAUUGAUAUACCUGUAAACUUGGAUUGGAUUUUAUUAUCUUAUCUAGAGGCUGAAUUGUAAAUGCACAACUGGAUUAAUAAUGCAUGCCUCUGCAUGAAGCGCAUGCUGAAUAUGAGAUAACACAAUGCUCAAUUGCACAGAAAGCUAUAUUUUCUUCACAAAUUUCCUUUUGAAAAAACACAAAAUUAAUACCAUUUGUAAUAAUAAUAGUAAUAUGCAGCAUUUAUAUUGCACUUUAUCUAAUAAAAUUGUUUGUUAGUUUUGCAUACUAUUACCUGCCCUGAACACGGCUACCUUGAUCAGGUGCUCGAGCAUUCAAGGACUUCCUUCCUACUGGGUAGCUAAUUAUUACACCUAUAUGGAGAGUGGCAAUUUUUUUAUGCAGAUAUGCAUCAUGUUAAUAAUCAUUGAUAUUGAAAAGCAUUACAUUUAUAUUUGUCACGCUAACACCUGCUAAUAUAAGUUAUACAUGCUUUCCAAUCUUUUAUUUUAUUAUUGGUAAAUGUUAUAUUUAUCCCAAUACACACAAAAUAUGUUUUUAGCUUUGAUUGUGAUAAAACGAAGAUAUUAGUACAUGUACUUUACUUCAAUUUCAUUAAUCUAUUUAGUGUAUGCAUUCAAUUAGUGGUGGAUUAGAUUAAGUCUUUCAAAUUUGCUUCAUAUUUAGUGAUGUGCCUUGAAACCUUGACCUUUUUUCCAUUAAACUACAGAUUGUUAUACAGUACCAGUGUAUUUAAAGUCUGUCAGUCAUAGCAUUGUUAAAAAAAUUGUAUUCUUUGAAGUAAAAUGGCAGAUGUGAUCUGUGCUUUGUAUUUAUUUUACUUAACUGCUGAAAGUAUUAUACUUUUGUGUGUGUUUAGUUCCUUCUAUUGGUUCAAUAUUGCAUCAUUGAUACUGUAAAUAGCAAACUACUGUAAUCUCACCUUAUAAGAUUACACUAGGUUACCAUGCCAUUGUUAGUGCUACACCCAAAUCGUUGAAUAGUCUCCCUUCCUCAAUAAGAAAUGCGUCAUCUGUUAACUUAUUAAAAACUCAUUUGAAAAUUUACAUUUUCAAGAUUGUUUUAAAUAAGUCACAUAUGUUGUCAUGUUAUAUGUAGAGACCAUAGGCCUCCCUUAUUUUCCUUUAAUUAUGACUUAAUUAUACAUGUUUUCCUUAUCUUGUUGAUGAUUUUACUUUGUAUGUGAAUUUGAGUUUAUCCAUAUAGACAUUGCACUAUUUAAACUUACAAUUAUAAUUGUUGUUUUUUACAGUCUUUUUCUUUGUUUGAACAAUAGUAAUAAUAUAUUCUUUUCUCUUCACCCUACUAGUCGAUGUUAUUGUUUAUAACAUUAUUUCAUAAAAGUAGCAGUCGAUCGAACAUUUUGUAUAUAUAUAUAUUUUUUUAGCAGAGCAAAUAAUUAUUUCAUCUAUUUUAAGAACAAAACUUGAUUAUCGCAAGGUAAUUCUAUGCAAAAGUUAGAUUAAAAAAAAGCCUAGAUAAUCAUUAAAUGCAUAACUAGCUUCUGCUUUUACUUUUACAUAUUGUGAAAACAGGUAUGUGAUGACUCAAAAUGGUGAUUAUAAUUAUGCAAGAAAUCAAAGCCUGUCUAAAGUUUUGGUAAAGGAUCAGUAAUGUGAAUUAGACUCAAGUAUCAUCCAACAUUCCAAUGUUACAGAAGUGUAUUAGUCACUGAAUGUGUAUUCGGUCAUUAGAAUUUUAAUUUUGCAUCUAGUUCCUUUCUUUUAGUGGGCCAUAUUUCUCAUUAAUUCUGUAAUCUGAUUGGUCAAUAUGUUUGUGAGACAAACCCGUAUUUACGGUAGCUAUUUUUACUUGGUCACAAAGACCAAACAGGUAAUGUGAGCCCAUAUUACCUGUUUGGUGUUAAGCUGUUUUUGUUUUAAUGUUGUUUUCAUUGUUACUUGCAUGCCCAGUUCUGAUUUCAACUACCGGUAUAUAUAAUAUGAGGCUGUAUUAAGUGUGUAUUCAAGCAUCGCGCUGCGCACUACUAUUUGCGCAUCAAAUUCAAUGGCAAAAUGCACAUUCUUUUUACUCUGAUCAUUGUGAUGUCAUGAAUGACUUCCUUUCAAAAAUUACUUUCAAAAUGCAGGGUUGUACAAUUUUUUGUAAUUAUAUUCUAUUGAUUUCCCCUAUUCUUCAAUAAUAUAGGGAUAUAAUUAGAGAUAAAAUCGUUACACGCUGCUUGUUCUUAAGAAAUACGGGGAAAUAUCUAUGUUCUGGUUCAAUAUUGGGUUAGUAUGGAGUAUGGAUCCAAAACGUAGAUAUUUCCUGUAUUACGUGAACUAGCAGGGUGUAACUCAUAAUGUCUCCGCAAUGUUUCUAGUUUUGUUCAAAAUAAUCCUUUCAGCUUCACAGAUUUAGUAAUUGGAAAAUAGAAAGGUACUGACAAAGAUUAUGUCUUGAAAUAAUCAGCCCAUUCAAUGCCUGAGAAUGUGUUUUGUAUUAACAAGACAAAAAUAUGCUGAUAUUUUAUUUUGAUCGCGCACCUGAUCAAAUUAAGUUUUGAUGUAAAAGCUGUAAAUUUAUUCAAUAAAAGUUAAAACACAUUUUUAUUUUACAUUUUUUGCAUUUCAACCCUUUUAGGGCACACACAUUGAAGUAAUCUAGAAGUUAAUCAGAAUAAUGGCAUGCACAUUUGAGGGAUCUACCAAACCUAAAGAUAGGCGUUUAGUUUUAAUAUUCUUGAUAUGAUUUGAUUCAUCUAAAAUCACAGAAUUGUGUUUUUUAAUGUUUCAGAUUUCAAAUUGCAUAUAUGCAUAUAAACCCAUUCUAUACAAUGAGAGGCAAGUCCCUCCCAGAAAUUUAGUGGUAGACAUAUCUAUUUAUGCUCAGAAUAUAUAUACAAUUCUGAUAUAUGAAUAUGGAGGGUUAAACUAUAUCUAACUUCCCUAUCCCUUCCACCUUGAUAGUAUUAUAUUAAGAAUACAUCCUUGAUCAAAUGUAUUAUAUAUGAUUUUAUAGUAACUAAAAUAUUUACUCUUACUUCAGUAUUUAUGCAACCAUUUUCUUUUCUCAUUUAAAACAAAUCAAUAUUCUUGUGUGCUACAAUGUUAUGAACAAUGAAAAUAUGCAAUUAAAUUUGUGUUAAAAUAUGUUUAAAAAGGAAUUGUGCCAUAUUUUUCUAAUUGCAAUCUCAAUCAUGUGUAUUUUGGCAAAAUAUUACCAUCAGUAUACUCUGUCAUAAACAUAUAAAGAAGUAUCAGCUUUUGUUCUGAUCAUGUAGUAUUUUUGUAUACAUAAACAUUUAUUUGCAUCCAUGUUUCUGGUAAAUUUUAACAAAAAUUGAAUCCACCUAAAGCAAGUACAUCUUGUAUAGUGCAAUUUUGUAAAGCAAAAAGGGACAAUGGAUAAAAUCCAUCAAGAAUUCUGAAUUUCAUGUAUGGUAUACUGUUUGUUUGACAGUCAUUCUUUUAAAGGAAAUAAUUUCACAUCUGUCUCAUUUCUUUUCCUGUCAGAGAUUAUUAGAUAUUUUUUCAAACUAACGUGAUAGUAUUGUUGUCUUCUUUCAGAAUCUGUGUAUGUUAUUUUUUACUACAAAAUUUUCCAAUGUAUUGUAAUUCCACUCAACUACACAAUAAGCCUAUGUGUGAAAUAUCCUAUUACUAUUGAUAUUGUGCUUUAUGAAUAAUUAGGAAUAAAUGAGCACACUAAUCUAUUUAA